AUGCCCCAUGAAAGCCUAGAAGCAAUUACAAAUACUUUCGAUCAUUGUUUGGCCUCCUUCGGGUAUGUCAUUGGUCGUGGAAAGAGCGGUCAAGUUUUCUCUCUCAUCCGGACCCUUUUACCAUCCGCCAGACUCGCAUUCAAGAUACGGAAAUCUAGAAAAUUGGAAAAGGAGGAAUCAAUCAUCGCCAUUUUUACCACAGAUUAUUCUUACUUCCCUCGUCAUGCUCACAUCUCCAUCUCAAACAGGCCGUCUCUUGACCUCGUAACAUCCAAUGAAUCUCUUCAGAUUUAG